GGCCAUCUGCACGCCCUGUGCUCCCAUCGGCCCCGACCACACGGCCUCCGCCCUCCUCGGCCCUACAGUCUCUCACCUGCCCUGCACACCGUCAGAGGGACCGUCCCGAGCCGGGAGCCUCAGGGCCCUUCUGGUCAGACUUUCCUGGGGCUUCCCUCCCCCGCCCCAAGAAGGCGCACAGUCUCCACGUGGCCCAUGAGUGGGUGUGACCUGCUCCCGUGUCCCCCACUGCCCCCCAACUCUGCUGUCCCACUGCACGUGGCUCCACUGUCCUCCUGUCUGUGGGGGGCACGGGUGGCAUCCCCACCUGGUUUCUCUCGUCUCAUUUACCUGUGUGCGUGGUGACAGGUGAAUGACAGCGUUCCCACCUUUGCAUCGCGUGCAGAUGUGAGCCGAUGCCCAGCGCAGCCUCCCUGAGCUCACCUGUGUCCUUCCUGCCUGAGGUCGGCCUCCCCGGGCUCAGUGUCAGUGCACCUGCCCCGUCACGCAGCCGUGUGACCUGCCAGCUGCGUGCUCACCCUCUGUCGUGUCACCCUGCCUGAGCGCCCCUACGCCCUCCGUGUGCUGCCUGGCCUUCCUCUUCCUUGUGGCCCCAGGAAAGCCGCAGGGCCCAGGACAGUGUCCCGCACGUGUAGACAUUACUAGGUGUUUGCUGGACACCGUUUGCUUUUGACUCAAGAUGAUUUGAUGUUUUAUAAAGAACUCACUCACCAUGAUGGCUACACAGACGUUGAGCAUAGACAGCUAUCAAGAUGGGCAACAAAUGCAAGUAGUAACAGAGUUAAAAACGGAGCAAGACCCCACCUGCUCUGAACCAGAUGUGGAAGGAGUGAGCCCUCCCCCUGUGGGGUCCCAGACCCCGAUGGACGCAGACAAGCAGGCCAUUUAUAGGCAUCCGCUGUUUCCACUAUUAGCUUUGUUGUUUGAAAAAUGUGAGCAGUCCACACAGGGCUCGGAAGGCACAACUUCUGCCAGCUUUGACGUGGACAUUGAGAGCUUCGUAAGGAGGCAAGAGAAGGAAGGAAAGCCCUUCUUUUGUGAGGAUCCAGAAACUGACAACUUAAUGGUAAAAGCAAUCCAGGUUCUGCGUAUUCAUCUUCUUGAGCUGGAAAAGGUUAAUGAACUCUGCAAAGAUUUCUGCAGUCGCUAUAUUGCUUGUCUAAAAACGAAAAUGAACAGUGAAACUCUCCUGAGCGGGGAACCUGGCAGCCCGUACUCCCCUGUCCAGUCCCAGCAGGUUCAAAGCGCCAUCACAGGCACUCUCAGCCCCCAAGGAAUCGUGGUACCAGCAUCCGCUCUGCAGCAGGGGAGCGUCACCAUGGCAACAGUGGCAGGGGGCACAGUCUAUCAGCCGGUCACAGUCGUCACUCCCCAAGGCCAGGUGGUGACACAGGCGCUGUCGCCCGGCACGAUCCGGAUCCAGAACUCCCAGCUUCAGUUACAGUUAAACCAGGAUCUCAGCAUCUUGCAUCAAGAUGACGGUUCAUCUAAGAACAAGAGGGGGGUCCUGCCGAAGCACGCCACCAAUGUGAUGAGGUCCUGGCUCUUCCAGCACAUCGGGCAUCCCUACCCGACAGAAGAUGAGAAAAAACAGAUUGCUGCUCAGACAAAUUUGACGCUACUCCAGGUGAACAACUGGUUCAUCAAUGCGAGAAGACGCAUCCUGCAGCCGAUGUUGGAUUCUAGUUGCUCAGAAACUCCAAAAACAAAGAAGAAAACUGCUCAGAACAGACCCGUCCAGAGGUUUUGGCCCGAUUCCAUCGCCUCAGGAGCCGCACAGCCAGCCGCCAGCGAGCUGACCGUGUCCGAAGGAGCCGUCGUGACCAUCACCGCGCCCGUGGGCAUGAACGUGGACAGCCUGCAGUCCCUGUCGUCGGACGGGGCCACGCUGGCGGUACAGCAGGUGAUGAUGGCCGAGCAGAGCGAGGACGACUCGGUGGACAGCACGGGGGACGGCGGGGCGGCGCUGGCGCCCGGCCACCUGGGCGGGCUGGUGCUGGAGAACAGCGACUCCCUGCAGUAGGGCCGCCGCCCCGCCUUUUAUAGUUGGCACAGCAAACAUUUUACACAGUUUUAUUUCUAAUAUGUUUUAUAUGUAGGCAUAGAAGAGUGCACUUUUGUAUUUCCUAGUAAGCUUCCAGGGCGUCUUUGCUGGUGCAGCGACUUCUUUCAAGGUGUGUGUGUGCGUGUGUGUGCGUGUGUGUGCGUGUUUUUAAGGAAAUUCUUUCAAGGUUUAACGCUAAAAGUAUGAUGAAUGACAGACCCCCUCCCCCGCCCCCUGAACCCCCGACUAGAUUAAGGAAUAGUGCUGCCAUUUUUAGAAAAUCAUGCAGUUUUAAUUUAGCUCUGUGGUGAAGGCAGGUCUCAGUGGGCUGGUUUAUUGACGGAGCCCGUGGAUUAGGAAGCAGCUUCUGGCCCUGAAAACUGCCGGUGUGAGGCGGAUGACAGCACACAGCAAUAAACCGCGUGCGACCUGGCGGCGAAUGUAUGGCGAGUCUAAUGUGGUUCCGUGAGCCUGUGUCAUUUGCUGUAUGUGAAAAGAAACUCCUAUUUUUACCUUGCUGCAAUUAUUGGAUAAAAAGCUAUUUUUAUAAAUUCGUUAUGAAUUGGAUUAUGACUAUAUCGAGGAUAAAAUUUCUAGAGGAGAAACAGUACCUGCUUACUGUCUCAAUUUGGAAUGUUCUGAAUUGACCAAAUUUGACGAACCUGCCCAAAGUUAGCUAGCGUUCCAUGGCUCUCUGCUAUCCCAGGGUAGCAAUUUACAUUUACUCCUAUAAAAGAAACACCUAUUUAAUGAAGGUUUGAUAUCUUCAAAUUUUAGUCUGUCCGUACAUGCUCAGAUUGCAUCCUACACUUAUCUUAAACAAACAUCUAAAGGUACUUGCUAAGUAGAGCUUAGGUAAGUUAAGAAAUGGUAGCCAGUGGUCAGUUCAAAGCUCUUACUGACAUAUUUCAGUCUAAUUUAAAUUUGACCACAGUUAAAUGGUUAGUGUACCAUGUUAGCUGGGUGUUGUUUUAGAAUUUUUUAGUCAGCCAUAUGUUACGUGUAGAAUGUUUAUGAUAAACUAAUAUGAAGUGUCCUCUAUCCCGCUGGCUCAGAGCCGGGGUAAAGAGCAAGCCCUCGGCUUUGUUACACGAUUAACAAACAUCCCCUGCGGGACGGGAACGAGUGGGGCCUGGAGGACGGGGUGACGGUGGCCCUCCUGCCGCCGCGUCUCACGCUGGUCCUGGGUCGGUGUUCUCUCCUGCACGUGGUCCUUCCCUCUGACUCGAUCACAUCAGAUCUGGAGUAGUGUUGGGACUUCGGUUCCUGGUGACCAGACGAACCGCAGAGCAGACUGGGUUUGUUUCCUUGGGUUUUGAUUUGUUUCUGUUGGUUUGCUUUCAAGUGGGGCUCUUCCUCAGAGAGGAAGCAGAGGCCCUGGUUUCACGGAGGAAAUCUUCGUGUUACCGUCAAGCUCAGCGCACUUCUCAAGGACAGUCUUACGGUCGGGAAGGUCGUCAGCUCCUGAGAAGCAGUGACAGUAACUGGUUGUGGACCAAGGCUACAUGGGGGUAUUCUGAGCUGGUGCACGUUGUUUUCUGGAACUGACUUUCCCCCCCGAAAUUAUUAAUAAUUAAAGUUACUCAUAGGAGAGCACUUCCUAGGUAACUCAGAAGGAAGCAAGAAACACACAGGAAUUUCUUUUAAAAUAUUUCAGGAGGUUUAAAAGAAAAACUUGAUUCUCGACUCUUUUGGGGGAGAAAAUAACAUUAUAAAGCAGCUAUUGCGUCCCUCAUUUGUAAACAAUUUCAAAUAUUUUAAGUCAAGUCUACACCAGUUUAAAAGAUCAUUUGAAGUCCAACGAAGUUAGAAUUUAAGACGAGGCCCUGUGGAAACCGGCCAGCCCCUCCCUCCCACCUCCCUCCCUUCGCCUCCCCCCCCACCCCCCGCGCGCCCCCCCAUCCCUCUGCCCUUGGGCUCAGAUCAGUGACAGGGGCAGGUGGUCGCUCCAGGUCCCCGUUUCCCUGCAGCAGAAAUCCUGUCCCGGGAUGCAUGCUGCACAGGCCACGGCAGUGCUCACACGGGGCCGCGUGGGGGUCCAGCCGUCGGUGCCCGGGGUCUCGGCCACACUCCCUCCAGCCGAAGUCUGCGUGCUGCUCGCCACUGUCAGAGGACAAGGAUGAAGCCCACUCGAGAGAGGGCGCUCUGGACACAGCCUGAGGUUCCUUUAAGCCCUUCCCCUGAGUAACCAAGGGGAUCUGAAACAACCCGACAGGCAGACUGUUAACCGCUGCCCGGCGUAUUGGUGGUCACUUGGUCCCUAAUAAAUACCCGUUUUCCAGCCCUCGGAUUUUUGAGAGCAUCUGUGAGAGCACGACCCGUUGAGCUUUCAUUUUAAAUGAACAAAUUCGACCUUGACUUUGCUUUUGUUAAAUUCUUUCCCUGUGAAGGAUGCUUUUGACGGUGGUUUGAGACCCAGGUUAAGCGCGGUGUGUUACCUGCUGCUCAGCUUGCGAGCCGGUAGCGGAUGGCUGGUCCGUGCCCUGGCCACGCUCCAGCUGCUGCACUAACGGAGCUUUCCGUGUCUUGAUUCCAGAAAUAAGACAGUGUAAGCAUUUAUCCAGCAUGCAAAGUGAGAUGGGCCCCGGCCCCAGCUCGCUCACAGACCACAGAGCCCUGAUGCUGGAACCUCAGCCCCGAGGGUCCCGGGAGUCAUCUCUGCAUAACCUGCCCGUGACCCGACUCUUACCUGGGCGACAAAGUGUUGGAGCACUUUUUCUUUUAGACAAGCUCAGACAUCCCCGGAAGGUGAGAACGGCCCACCUCUGGCAGUUAGGGACAGGAAUAACUCCGCCGUCCUCCCGUUUCCGUUGUUUGGUCUGUGAACUGACAAUCUUUACAUGUGAAUACUGUAACAGUUGUUUUCUCGGAUGGCUGUCUUUGAAAGGGAUUUUUGUGAAGCAACUGAUCUAUCAAAGCAAAAAAAUUAAAAACAGAAACAUGC